UUCAUCUCGAAAGGCCCAGAUUGUUCUGGAAUUCAAGUUAAGGUUGGCGAAUUUGCCUUCUCCAUCAAGAAAUCGGAAAAUCAAUCGAAAGAGUUUCACAUAUAUAUCUUACCUUGAACCGAUCAUUCGUUCAAUAUAUCUGAAAUACAUAAUCCAUCGCAUUCUGCAAUAGAAGAGAAGAGAAGAGAAUUUGUUUGGAAGUUUUGUAGAGCGAGAAGAAUGGAUUUUGAGCUGAGAAGAGCGAGAGAGAAGCUAGAGCAAGAGCAGAGGGAGAGGAAACUCAAGGCUAAAUUGAAAUUGGAUAGAGAGAAGAAAGCCAAACAAGAAGCUAUUCGUCAACGUGAAGCAAUUGAAGCUGUUCAGCGAGCUCGCCGACUUGAUGCUGCUGAAGCCCAAGCUAAGGCAACCCAGCAAAUUGAAGAAGAACUGCUAGCUGGACGAGGAGUUGCAUUUUCUCGUGUUUUGGAAGCUGUACCUUAUGAGGGUGCCGGAGAUAAAAUUAAAUUGCCACCAUCUUGCUUCACUGAAUUGUCUGAUCAGGGUGCCUUUGACAAGGGACCUCUACACUUUAGGGUGUCUGCCAUUCACCAAUCUUCUCUUUCGGACUUGAAGGAUGCAGAGCAGAAUAAGCGGACAACACAUGCUGGAGUCCUGGAGUUCACUGCAGAUGAUGGUGUUGUAGGGCUUCCUUCCCAUAUAUGGAGUAACUUAUAUCCUGCAGAGUCGCCUAUGGUUCCCAUGGUUGAGGUGUGUUAUGUUUGGCUCUCAAAAGGAACUUAUUCAAAACUUCAGCCAGUUGAAGCAGGGUUUUCUGAUAUCCCUAAUCACAAGGCGGUUCUUGAAACAAGUCUUCGUCAGCAUGCGACGCUUUCAGAAGGCGAUGUACUUACUGUUAAUCAUGGUGUUCUGACAUAUCAUUUACGUGUUCUUGAACUAAAACCUUCUUCGAGUGUGUCUGUUCUAGAAACAGAUAUAGAGGUUGAUGUAAUUGGUGCUGAUCCAACUGCUGAGAGCACAAGUCAGCCUGUAUUGCAACCUCUCGAAUUGGGCAAGUUAGAUUCUGGGGUGGUUGCAGAAGGAAGCUAUGUAUAUUACAAGUUCCAAAUAGGCGAUGAUAUUUGGGGAAAAAUAUCUUCAGGAGAUGCUGAAAUUGAGGUAAAAAUAGAAUCAGAGAACCAUGAUGGGGAUACUGACCUCUAUGUUUCCAGACACCCAUUGCUAUUCCCUACACAGCACCAGCACGGUUGGUCAUCUCAUGACAUCGGUUCAAAAGCUUUGGUCCUUAACUCCAGGGAUCUCGGCCUUGGACCUGGUACUUACAGUAUUGGCAUCUAUGGUUUCAAGGGCACAACCAAGUACAAGGUGUCAGUUAGCAUACGAGACAAAUCUAAUUUAAAGAUUGGACAGCAGGCCGUCUCUUCCACAUUGUCUGCUGAUGCAGAUACAGUAGAAUGCCAAAACUGUAAACAUUACAUACCUUCCAGGAGUAUAGCACUCCAUGAAGCUUACUGUAGGAGGCACAAUAUUAUCUGUCAGCAUACUAGUUGUGGGGUUGUUCUAAGGAGGGAUGAGGUCAAGAACCAUGUCCAUUGUGAAGAAUGUGGGCUAGCAUUUCAGAAAGAGGAAAUGGAGAAGCACAAGAAAGUAUUUCAUGUCCCGCUGAAUUGCCCUUGUGGAAUAGUCCUUGAAAAAGAAAAGAUGGUUCAACAUCAAUCUGUGGAGUGUCCCUUGCGACUUGUAACAUGCCAGUUUUGUGGAGACAUGGUCCAAGCAGGGACUUCAGCAGCAGAUGUGAGGGAUCGCUUAAGAGGACUUACACAGCACGAGAGUGUUUGUGGAUCAAGAACUGCCCCUUGUGAUUCAUGUGGGCGUUCAGUUAUGUUGAAGGAUAUGGACAUACACCAAGUUGCAGUCCACCAGAAAAAUUGAUCAUGAGUAAAUCUUCCAUUUCUUCUCUGGUGACUUUGGAUUCAAAAUGCGGUUAAACUGUAAAGCUCUGGCUGUUGAUUCAUGUAUUCAAUUUUAGUCUUUAUUUGUGAUUCUCAACCACUUUAAGGGUUGCAAGGCAAAGGGAGGGGUGGGUUGAUGUUUUGUAGCCCCCUUUGCUGUGACUUCGAAAAUAUUAUCAAUUUAUCAUCAAUGCUUAGUAAUUUCGGAGAGACA